CGCUUCCUGGUCGCGAUGCCCCAGAUCAAUGCUAAAUAUCUUUCAUUCAAAACUACGAAUCAGUACAAGUAGCCUUUUUAUUAUAACUGCAGUUGAGCGGGACACCGUCGCGAUGGGUUUGCUGACGAUUUUAAAGAAGAUGAAGCAGAAGGAGCGGGAGAUGAGACUGCUGAUGUUAGGCCUGGACAACGCGGGGAAGACCACCAUCCUGAAGAAGUUUAAUGGAGAAGACGUCAGCACCAUCUCCCCGACACUGGGCUUCAACAUCAAAACAGUGGAGCACAAAGGGUUUAAAUUAAAUAUUUGGGAUGUGGGGGGUCAGAAGUCACUGCGCUCCUACUGGAGGAACUACUUUGAGAGCACAGACGGGCUGGUGUGGGUGGUGGACAGCGCAGACAGACUCAGACUCGAGGACUGCAGGCAGGAGCUCAGUGCACUGCUGCUGGAGGAGAGGUUAGCUGGCGCAACGCUGCUGGUGUUCGCCAACAAACAGGACUUACCAGGAGCCCUGUCAAAAGAGGCGAUACGAGAGGCGCUGGCCCUCGAUGAGAUCAAAAGUCACCACUGGUGUAUCAUUGGUUGCAGUGCGGUAACUGGAGAAAAUUUGUUAGCUGGAGUGGACUGGCUAUUAGAUGAUAUUGCUGCAAGGAUCUUCACCACUGACUAAUAGACUAUGUACUUGAUGCUUUUUUUAAGCAGCAGCCUGUCACGCUUGGUGAGCACCAGUAGGACUCAGGCUCAUUUUUGGACUACGAGGAUUUAAAGUCAAACAGCUCAACAAGUUUCGUUUUUGUUCCAUCACCUUCUGUUUGCUGUCUGUGUCCAUGUUUACAGGAGUCACCACUAAUGUUGAUAUGUAGGAGGGAAAGAUUGUUUUGAGCAAGUGAAUGCUUCACCCAUAGAAACCCAAGUUAAAUCUGUACACAGUAUUCAUGACUAACAUGAACCUUCUUGCUGUUGGUGGUAUGUCAGCUGAUGUGCCUCAUGCUCAGUGUUGAAUAAAUUUCAAUGCCCACUGAAUUAAAAUUACUGUCACUUUAAA